AUGUGGCACGGCCUUGUGGAGGCACCGAGUGCGGAGGAAGUUGAUGUUGGGAAGCGGUCUGAGCCGUGCCGUUCUUUGUUCCAAGAUGACGUCGAGCAGCUCAUCCCCGUGGAGCUGCGGAGGGGUCGGCCCAAUGCCAACGUGGGGCAGCCGCCUGCUGAUCGAGUGGUGCGGCAAGUGCGGCAAGAGGAGAAAGCGCCCAAGCUGGUUGACAUCUCGGCUCAGCGCGACGGCUCGUUGCGCAAGCAUGUUCUGGUCGAAGCACCUUGUGCAGCCCCUCGGGUCCUCCCCGGAGCAGAAGUGCGGGCAAAGAUCACCGCCACGUUGGGGGAAGAAAGCGUGCCGCUGGAGAAGCGGCUCCUCCAUGGACCCAAGGAGCAUUGCUGGACAGCUGGAUCCGGUGCACACUGCCAGCUUGUAGAGUUGAUGGUGUGCUCGAUGCAUCUGGGAGAGACCAGCACGGCAACCAGCAGCGACCAGCAGCUGGUUGCAGAUGCGGGGGUUUUGGGCAACUGCGCGAACCUGGGCAAGGUGGACUUUGUCGUGAGCCUGGAUGCCAUCAGUGCUUGCACAGUCGAGUCUGCCGAGGACGUGCUCAAGUGGGCAGGGGAACAGAAAGCAUCAGCAUCGUGUUCCCUCCAGCAGGGCAAGACCCAGCUGGCAUUGCUGAAGUACACAGCCAUCUGCCAGAAGCUCGCGCCGCGGGCGGGCGUCGAAGCAGCAGCAAUGCCAGGCUUGGACGAUGCCAGUCUCCAUGAAGCUGCAUCACUCCGUCUGGCAUCAAGGCUGAACAGCGCCCUCUGUCUUCUUCGCCUAGGCUUGUGGCAAGACGCCGCCGAUGCUUGCACAGACAUCCUGAAAGAGGAUGCUGCAAACAUCAAGGCCUUGUUUAGGCGUGGCAAAGCCCUGCUCCAGCUCGGCCUUCCGCGUGAGGCAGUGGCCGACUUGGCGCAGGCCAACCAGCUGGACCCGGGAAAUCGAGAAGUUACGCAGCUCCUGAGGCAGUGCCAAGCCCUUCUCAAGAAGGCGGCCGACAAGGCCACUCUUUUGAACGAACAGCGUUCGAAGCACGUGGACAAGUGGAGCUGA